AUGCUGGAACACCACUCGCCCCACGUCUUUUUCCUCUCGACUUCCCCGCAUCGACGACCAAAGGGCCCCGGUAGCGUCACCAGCCCACCGGCACCACCGAGCCCCGCGAUACCGUCGGACAGACGAGGAAGCAGCAGCAGCCCCAGCCCCAGAAGCAGCGGCGACGAUGACAAAGUCGCAACGUCGACGGUCACGUACCGGCAGCGGCACUGGUCCCUCGUCGCCAUCUCGCGGCCCCUGGUCAACACUCGCGGCGGCACGUCGAGGUCGACCUUGACCGUCACCCUCCUCCACCACCCUUCCCAGACGCUCUAUGCGUGGCCGUUUGACCUAUCGGGCGCGACUUCGAGGGGGACCUGCUACAUCACCACCGCUGCCGAAGCCGCCGCAUCGAGCCGCGACGACACUGCGAGUCCGUCGCACGGGGGUGAAUCGUCCUCGUCGCCGCCGUCUGGGGAAACGCUCAGCACCAGCCUCAAGGUCCUAGCUGACGUGGUACGAUGCUGGAUCAGCCACAGGCCAUCAUCCAGCCCGCGCACUGUCAUGGCCAACGGCAGCAACGGGACGACCAGCGAACGGCGAACCAGCCUCGGAUCGCCGCAGAGUGCCAGCUGGCUCGAGGCGAGCCAGGCCCAGGUCCUCUACGGCCGGCGCGGGAGCGGCUCGACGAUAUCGUCCGCCGACGUCGAACGCGAUGCGCCCUUGGUCGACGAGAUCAACUCGCUCCUCGGUCUGCGGCGCCUUGAGAUGGUCGACGUCGUUGCGCACCUCGCGAGGCAGAAGCUGCCCUACUCCGAUCCCAACGGCCAUGCCUCGUGGCACAUACAGGGGCCAGCCGACUCGACCUCGACCUCGACCGCAACCGCGGCACCUCCCGACAGCCCUCGCGUGAGGGUGAGGCAGGGAGGAGGUCGACCUCAACCUCGCCCGCAAGAGUCGCAGUCUUCGCUCUCGUCGUCGGCAUCCGAGCGGACAGGAGGACAGGGGAGCGAUGCGUCGCCGUCGUCCUCGCAGGCGUCGACGCCAUGCUCGAGUCCUGAGACGAACCGAGCCGACCCCCUGAUUGACCACGGUGGGACACACCAGCUCGACCAUGCCUCUUCAUCGCCGCCGUCGUCGUCGUCUCCGUCGUCGUCCAAGCCCAGUCUCUCUUCUCGUCGGACCGCCCACCUACCGUCCAUCAACACGCAGGUCGCAGCUCGAGGAGCAAAGAUCGACUUUGCCCACGUCGAGGCUGUAUCGACCAGCAGCGCGGAUCACGAGGAAGAGGACACGACGACGACGACGACGACAUCUGCGAUGGAGGGGGUUGUCGCCGCCACUGUCGUGGCAUCGACGACCUACCGGGCGCAGAGCAGUCCCGAGCUGGCAGCACAGGGUAGUCCGUGUCUCGACACGCAGGGGAUUCCGCAGAUCCUCGUCGUCGGACCUUCGCCGCUGGACGCCCCCACGCCCUCGAGGUGGUCCCCGCAGCAGAGCCAGCACCAGCAGCAGGAGCGGAGGACCGUUGUGCUCUACGACGGACGAAGAGAGAAGGACGCAGCUUCGACCCCAUCUUCAUCCUCGCCGGGCGCAUCAUCAAAGAGACCGAGCCUGUCGAGGCGCACGGAGACGGUGGGGUCGGUGCGUGCCGACGAGGGCGGUGGGACCGGCUCGCGACGGAGCGCUCAGGAACACGGCAACGACGACCACACCCGGUCGGAUCGUCAUCCGAAUCCUUCUGUCGUCAAGGCUUCGGACACCGUAAAGACAGCACCAGCGGCAGCCUCGGCGGCGGCGGCGUCGCAGACGACGACGACCAAGGGCCUAUGGAGGGCAUCGUCGCUGAUGCGCGUGACGCACAGCGUGGACGCUACGCCAUCAUCACAUCGUCGACCGCGAUGGCUGAGGACGAGAACGAGCAGCGAGGGCGCAACGGACGCCGUGGACGGUGCGAGCAGCAGGGGCAGCAAGAGCGAAGACGUCGCGCCCGUCCGGCGCAGUGACAGUAGUGACAGUCGGGAUACACCCUCGCCUCCCGCUUCUCCAUCGCCGUCGCCCUCGUUCAAGGAAGGCGCCGGGACAAAGGACAGCACGUCGACGCUGAAGAGGCUGCGCAGGUCGACGUCGUCGCUGCUGCUGCGGCGCCUCAUGUCGUCUACCGGCGGGUCAUCGCCGUCGUUGUCGGGUACGGCGCAGCGGAGUGGCAAGUAG